UUUGAUCUGCCAUUAAUGGGAUUCCAACACCAGUUAUUUUUGUUUCUGAGCUUCUUCCCUGCUAUUUUGGCUGGAAAAGUUACAAUUACAGUUGAUACGAGUAAAACAAUUGCAGAAACUGAUGAUAAUUUCAUAUGUGCUACAAUUGAUUGGUGGCCUCAUGAUAAGUGCAACUACAAGCACUGUCCUUGGGGAUCUUCAUCUAUAUUAAAUUUGAAUUUAUCUCAUCCUUCCUUAAAAAAAGCCAUCGAAGCUUUUAGGUCUUUGAGGAUAAGAUUGGGAGGUAGUUUGGAAGACCAAGUAGUGUAUGGUGUAGGCAAUUUGGAGUCUCCUUGCGACCCACUCAAAGCGGAGAAGAAUGGGUUGUUAGGGUUUUCAAAAGGAUGUUUACCUAUGAAAAGAUGGGAUGAACUGAAUAACUUCCUUGCUAAAACAGGGGUCAUUGUGACAUUUGGGUUGAAUGCACUAUAUGGGAGGCGCCAUAUUAAGGGAAAAGUUUGGGAAGGAGCUUGGGAUUCUACUAAUGCUCACGAUUUUAUUAAAUACACUGUUUCCAAAGGAUACAAGAUUGAUUCUUGGGAAUUCGGAAAUGAGAUAUGUGGACGGGCCAGCUAUGGAGCAAAUAUUGAUGCUGAACUGUAUGGGAAUGACCUGAUCAAGCUUAAAAAAAUCAUCGAGGAUUUGUAUGAGAACUCUGACUCUACACCUUCACUUCUUGCACCAGGAGGAUUUUUCGACCAAGUGUGGUUUGCGAAGCUUCUUCAGGUGUCAGGCCUUGGCAUAGUCGAUAGUGUGACUCAUCAUAUAUACAACUUGGGUCCAGCUGGUAAUCCCAAUCUUGUGGAAAAGAUAUUGAAUCGCCGUCUUUUGAACAAACUAGCACGAACAUUGACUGUUGUUGAUCAAACCAUUAAGGACAAUGGUUCUUGGGCUUCUGCAUGGAUUGGAGAAUCUGGUGGAGCUUCCACAAAUGGAGGAUAUGAUGUAUCUGAUACAUUUGUGAAUAGCUUUUGGUACUUAGAUCAGCUUGGGAUGGCAUCCAAGUACAAUACUAAGGUGCAUUGUAGGCAGACUUUGAUCGGAGGGAAUUAUGGCCUCCUCAACAAAGAAACUUUUGCACCCAAUCCCGACUAUUACAGUGCUCUUCUAUGGCAUCGUUUGAUGGGGAAACGAGUUUUAGCAGUCAAAACCAACGCUUUGUCAUAUCUACGCUCUUACGCCCAUUGUUCCAAAGAAGGAGUAGGUGUAACCUUACUCCUUAUUAACUUACACAAGGCUACUGAUUAUAUAAUUAGAGUUUCAAAAACCAUGAAAAUGCAUCUGCAUUUGGAAGCACAAGGAUCGCGUUAUCUGAACAAGACGGUUUCAUGGAUUGGAAGCAAAGAUUUCGAACCAGAUGGACCAAAAUUGUUCAGAGAGGAGUACCAUUUGACUCCUGAAGAUGGGUACCUAAGAAGUCAUACCAUGUUUCUUAAUGGAAAACCAUUGGAGCUUACAGAAAAUGGAGACAUCCCAAUAUUGAAACCUGCACAAGUUGAUGUGAAUUCUGAAAUAUCGAUCGCUCAUUUGUCUAUUGCAUUCAUCGUAUUCCCUAAUUUUCAUGCUUCUGCUUGCGCAUAGUCGGUCUCCAUUGAUCAUUCCUGCUCAUCAUACACUCUUGUUCAUGGCAAUCACAGAACUGUAAGUUUCUGUCAAUUGUAGCUAUAAUAAAUUCCAUCUUCAUGUCAAUUGUGAAAGUUUCUUACAAUUGUACUUUCAAUGAGCUACAGUUUACAAUUGUA